UUUGCUGGUUUGAAAUUCACGGUCUCAUUAGUGCGAUUUGUUGUUGUUCCCUAGCAAGUUCGAGGCUUCGUGCGGGGUCUUCAUUAAAAAACCAACUACCGGAUUUUUCAACAUAGUUCCCAAUGGCCCAGGAGAUAAAUGAACUUAAAAACAUGACGCUCUCAGGCGAAACGGAAUUGGAUGAUCUCAUAGAGAAGUGGGUAAAAUGGGAUGGAAAUUUGAAAACGAAGAAAGAAAUUUUAAAGCUGAUCGAGGCCAAAGAUUGGGGCACGCUCAAGUUGCGUCUCCUCAACCGGAUUGCAUUCGGCACGGCCGGGCUACGUGCUGAAAUGCGAGCGGGUUUCGAUUCCAUGAACGACUUGGUUGUUGUGCAAACCGCCCAAGGACUCUGUGCUUAUCUAAAGGAGCAGUAUGCGGACAAGUCGUCCUGGUCGAAACGUGGCAUUGUCUUUGGCUACGAUGCGCGACAUAAUAGCAAGCGUUUUGCCGAAUUGUCGGCCCUUGUCUUCUUGAAGAACAACUUUCGCGUUUAUCUAUUUAAGCGUUACGCGGCCACGCCCUUUGUGCCAUUCGCCAUCAAGAAGCUGAACUGUUUGGCGGGCGUGCAGGUGACUGCAUCGCACAAUCCCAAGAAGGACAACGGCUACAAGGUUUAUUGGACGAACGGCGCCCAGAUUAUUUCCCCGCACGAUGCGGGCAUACACAAGGCCAUACUUAAAAAUCUGGAACCAGCGGAGAAUUAUUGGGCAAUCGACGAGGCAACCUUGUGGUCCAACGCGUACCUCAGCGAUCCCUACGAACAGGUCGAGCCUGCCUAUUACGAUGCUUUGCUAAAGACAAUUCCGGACUCACUUUUAAAAGCCAAUGCGACGUGUGAUUUGAGCUUCGCGUACACGGCCAUGCAUGGCAUUGGCUACGCGUAUGUGGCGAAGGCCAUUGAGCAGGUUAAUCUGCGGCCAGUUGUGCCUGUUGUUCAGCAGGUUGAGCCCGAUCCGGAAUUCCCAACGACCCCUAUGCCCAAUCCAGAGGAGGGCAAGACAUCCCUGGAUCUGGCCAUUAAAACAGCAACGGACCAGAAAUGUAAUAUCAUAUUGGCCAACGAUCCGGAUGCCGAUCGUUUGGCAGUUGCCGAAUUUGAUGAAAGCAAUACGAAGUUUAAGCUAUUCAACGGCAAUGAACUGGGCGCAUUGCUCGGCUGGUGGGCACUAGAGAUGCAUAAGAUGCGCCAUCCAAAUGCAGAUAUGUCCAAGUGCGUGAUGAUUGCCAGCACGGUCAGCUCGAAGAUAUUGAAAUCAAUGGCGGCCAUUGAGGGUUUCAUCUUCUACGAAACUCUGACGGGCUUCAAAUGGAUGGCCAACAAGGCCAUCGAGGCGGAGCUGGCUGGCAGAACGGUACUGUUUGCCUUCGAGGAGGCCAUCGGCUUUAUGAUCUCCACAAAUGUGCCCGACAAGGAUGGCGUCAGCGCUGCGGCCCAUGUCGCCACAAUGGCACGUUAUUUGCACCACGAGAAGGGCAUGACACUGCAACAGAAAUUGUCGGAGAUAUACAAGAUCUACGGCUACCACACGAGCAUCUGUUCCUAUGUCAUCUGCUCCGAUCAGCUAAAGAUCAAACAGAUCUUCAACCGGCUGCGCACAUUCAACAAUGGCCAGGCGAACACCUAUCCGCCGAGCAUACUCAAUGGCAAAUACGAAAUCGAGCACGUGCGCGACCUGACCACGGGCUAUGACAGCAGCGCGGCGGACAAGAAGGCCACGCUGCCGGUCAGCUCCAGCUCCCAGAUGAUAACGUUUACGUUCAAGAACGGCGUGGUUAUCACGCUGCGCACCAGCGGCACGGAGCCCAAAAUGAAAUACUAUGCCGAGAUGUGCGGCAAACCGGCCGAUAAGGGCUGGGAGCAGCUCACCCAAACGCUCCAAGACAUGGAAGAGGCGCUUGUCAAUGAGUUCUACGAGCCCGAAAAGAAUCAGCUGCAGCGCAAGUCCGCCGACUGAAUGAAUACCCUUUAAUUAUAUAAACCGAAUUUGACUACGCACAUUCAAUACGCUUGUGUAUGAAUUCUCCCUCUCUCCCUCUCUCCCAGUUGUCUUCAGAGGAGCAGCACUUGGAACACUCUACAAAACCAAAUACACAUUUAUGUAGCUGUUGCAUUUAGUCACUAACUGAUAUUUAUACUAUACUAAAGCAAAUGCUAAUAGACAUGUUUAAAUAUAGUACCAUAUAUAAGCACAAUAUUUAUGCAUAAUAAACAUUUCCAACUAGCACAAACACAAA